GUAUUCUCAGGUGGUGCACCAGAACACCACCGUCAAUUGGGAGAUACGCGCUGCAUUUAGGAACUUUGAGCAGGAGAUGGAUCGGAAGUCCAGCAAGUUGAAAGGUGCCUCGUCAGAUGACGAGAGUCCUGACGACAUUGUCUUCAAGGACUAUUCAGAGAUGUAUGAGUGGAUGCGCAACGGCUACAUCCCCUUGCUUUGGGAAGAAGGUCCCCAAGGACGUGGGAUGCUGGCCAGUCGAAUCCGGCUAGUGGGUGGAGUUCGUUUGGCCCGAUCUCGGGCCCAGCCAUUCGAUUGCAGUGAAGGGGCUGCGGACAAGAAGUGGAUUGACGUGAUCUACAACCAGUCCUGCUUCGACGCAGACACUGCGGAGACCAAGGUGGUAGAGGACACCUAUUGGCUGGACAUCUCACAAAAUGUGAGUAUGGCGCUGCUCCACCUGGCCCACCUGGAAGAUACUGGAUGGAUCACUUCAGACACAUUGGAGAUUUCUAUCCAAGCCUUCUUCUUCAACGCGCAGAGUCAGAACUUUGUGUUCUCGCAGGUUGAGGUCACGUUGGAGAAUAGCGGGUACGUUCAUGGAGACCAAGAGGUCAUGAUGAUUCCUUCGAAUGUGUACAGCCACCAGCCCCAGUUCUUGAUGUCCAGUACAGCUGCGGAUGUAUUUUCAGGCAUUGGUCUCGCUGCGUGCCUCUUUGUGGAGGCCAUGAUGUGGCGACAAGCUGUGAAGAUCAUGCAGCUCAGAGCUUUCAUGUUCAACAUCUAUCGGCUGGCUAACCUUUUGA